AGACAUGAUGCUACCUCCCACAGCCCUCUGCAGCAUGUCCUGGGUGCUGCUUUCCUGCCUCAUGUUCCUGGCUCAGGUCCAAGGUGAAGACUCCCAGAAUGAUGUGCCCGCUCCACGGAUCAGCUGUCCCAAAGGCUCCAAGGUUUAUGCCUCCCGCUGCUAUGCCUUCUUUAUGACACCAAAAUCCUGGGUGGAUGCUGAUAUGGCCUGCCAGAAGAGGCCCUCAGGACACCUUGUGUCUGUGCUCAGUGGGGCUGAGGCAUCCUUUGUGGCCUCCCUGAUCAAGAACAGUGCGAACACCUACUCAAAUAUCUGGAUUGGGCUCCAUGACCCUACAGAGGGCUAUGAGCCCAAUGCAGCUGGAUGGGAGUGGAGUAGCGGUGAUCUGCUGAAUUACCUUGCCUGGGAGAGAGACCCCUCCACUAUUGCAAACCCUGGCUAUUGUGGGAGUGUGUCAAGUUACACAGGAUAUCUGAGAUGGAAAGAUUACAGCUGCACUACAAAGCUACCCUAUAUCUGCAAGUUCAAGGACUAGGUCUGGGGAGACGUCGGGAACCUGGGUUUUGCAUGCAGCUCAUCAUGGACUUGAGACCAAGUGUGAAGACCCAGCCUGGAAGGGAAUAAUCUCAAACCUGACCACUUCAUUCUGAACUGUCUUCCUCCCUACUCAUUUACUUCAUGUCCUUUUGGUGUAUUACAUGGCCUGCGAUCUGAGAAUGCAAUAAUAAAUA